AUGGCUCGCCCCUCACUGUGGAAAUUAUUCCAAAACAUUAUAAAAAUGACCAUUUCCAAAGGACAAAAGUUCCCAUCCGGUGUUGAAUUCGCCUACGUUCCAAUUGACUUGGACUCCGUCUCCAAAGAAGAUGCUUUGGCCUGCUCCACACCAUUGCCAUUGAGCUUGGACAAGUUGUUUGAGAAGAACAAGGGCGGCAACGUUUUGUUUGUCUCUGUUCCUGGUGCCUUCACCCCAACUUGUACCGCCAACCACAUUCCACCAUACUUGUCUCACUUGAAGGAAUUGAAGUCUUCCAAGAAGAUCACCACCGUGGUGGUUUUGAGUGCCAACGAUCCAUUUGUCAACAAUGCUUGGGGCAAAUUGUUGUUGCAAAAAGCGGACUUGUCCGGCGACUUGCCAAAGGUGGUUUUCGCUUCGGACCCUAAUGCUAAGUUCUCGUCGGACAAUGGCAUUUCGCUCGAUUUGACCGAAAAGGGUCUCGGAGUCAGAACGGCAAGAUACGCCUUUGUUGUCAACGCAGACACGAAGGAAGUUUCCUACUUUGGAUCUGAGCCUGGUUCUGACGUGACUGUUAGCGGAUACGAGGCCAUCUUGGACGCAAAGUUGUAA